UUGCCAAAAACGAAUGCAGUUGCUUUAGAUAUUGUUUGCACAAAAUAUAACAUUUAGCGAAAUGGCUAAGCCUUUGCAAAAAGAGAGGGAGAAUAGAUCGGCUGAUAAGAAAGAUUACAGUUUCCACCCAUUCAAUAUCACACCAGAAAGUGCCCAUACUUCAAUCUUACUUUUAGAAUCUCAUGAACCGGAGAUACUAUGUCAGACUCUUCGAGCCAUCACCAAGUUCUCCGCACAAGAUAUGUUCAAUCGACAGGUGCUAUUUGACUUGAAUGCAAUUAAAUAUAUCCUGCCUCACGUCGAACAUUCGGAGCUUAACAUUAGGCGAUUUGCACUAAAAGCACUGGCACAACUUUGUCAGUUACCACGAGGCCCAGAACAGGUUCUAGAAAACUCACAAAAUUUAAGGAAGAUAGCUUUAAUGCUGGUUAAGAUAGAAGACGUUUUCGUCCUGGAGUUCGCCUCAUUGGUUCUGUCUGAGCUGACCAGAGAACCCCUAGGUUGUGAGCAACUCGUCUCCGCUAAUAUAUUGAACAGUCUCUGCGGAAGAAUGAGGAAUAGUCUGGAUCCGGACGUACAGAAGAAUUGCUUACAAACUUUAAGUAACCUCUUAGACGAUCCAGUGUGCGCAUCAGAAGUGACCAAGAAUCAACAGUUCAAUUGGGCGUCGCUGCUUGCUCUGAUGCAGAGUAAAUACCUAGCAAUUCAGCAUGCCGCGCUCAAAACUGUAGAUCAGCUGAUCUGUAGGUACAAGGAUCAAAUAGUGCAGAAGACUUUCAGGGCAUCAACGGGUGUUUUAGACCUGUGUGAUAUAUUGGAAUCAUACGAAUUUCGUGACGUGCACACACAAGUGCUGGGGGUCCUACGCAACUACGUGGAGACGGAGGAGAAUGCGGCCCACCUGUACCAAUCGGGCUGCAUCCUGCGUCUUCUGGCCUACUUGGAGAUGGCGCUGCCGGCCAUGAAACCCCACUGCCUCGCGGUGCUCACCAAGAUGUCUUUCACUUCCAAUGGACGCGAUGCUCUCUACGAAACCGGUACCGACUUAGUGUUUUGCCAUCAACUGCUGAGUUCCAAUGUGCAGUUACUAGCAGACGCAGCGAUGGGAGUUGCCAAUAUGACCAAGCUAUUGCCAGCGGCUGUCAGGAUGUCCGACACCAACAUAAUCGAGGCUCUCUGCGCCAUCAUUGCUGAUGACGUUACUGUCUGGUUCUAUAUUCGUAUGAACUCGCUGAGAGCGCUCGCAGAGCUCUGCAGAAUCAUUCCCAAAGCUGCGUACAGUGCUAUUGAACCGAAGACAUUCUCGUCUUUGAGGAAUAUUAAUAAGAAAUUCAAAGACAAUCCGAUCGAGGCCCAGCGGCUGGCAGUGCAGUGCUACCUCAACUUACAGAACUACCACGUCAGUACGCAGGCUAUGCUCAACGCUGAGUUUAUGCAAGAACUGCUCAAUAUUUUACAGCGCAUCGACAUCUGUUUGAAAAUAAUGACAUGCACCGUUCUGAGCGGGCUGAUGAAGGAAGACAUUGCGAAGGAUUUGUUCACGUCUAAAGAAGGCGAGCAGAUUGUAUCGGAAAGCCUGCGAAUAGAACACAUUGGGCUACGCACAGCGUUGUGCACGCUGAUCUGUGCAAGUGUGACUGAAGAGGGGGCCGAUGUGUACCUGCGCCUGGGAACUGUGCACUUCAUGGUGCAGAACAAACAGGCCCGCUACGUGGUGAGCGCCUGGGAACCGGCACUGGAAGCCAUCUUCAGGCAACAUCCAUCGGCCAAACUCGCGUAUACUGGGCGACUGGAUAUAAAUGACUUUACACAGGAAGGUUUCUACGUGCAGAAGCAUCUCAGCACCAGUUUCCCCACAAUCCAGGAGUUGGCAAGCGCCACUCCACCUCACCACGACCCCGUUUACAUCUGCCUGUUCCUGCAGCCGUAUGACGCUGUCUCCAACGCCGACAUACGGACACCAUUUCAAAGGUCGAAGUCCAAGAUUGGGCUGUCUCAGUCGCGACUUGAAAUACCAAAACUGGCUGACGAUCCCAAUCUGCGCAAUUAUCUGCUGCGCCUGAAGAUAUGGUUUGGUGACCCAGCGAAAUCAAUGCAAUACUUCGAAAUAGAGGACGCACACUACGAAGUUAGGUACCGCGAGAAAUGCGAGGAGGUGUCGUCAUCGUUGAAACACCGCGCGCAGCUAUUGGCCGAGUUCGUGGCCGAACAGAUGAGCGGCCUCACACAGGAGAAGGACUGCUCUCUACCCAGUGUCAACCUGCACCUUGCUGACUUGAUGGAGGAGCUUGGUUCCCGCGUGAUCGGUCUGGGCUUGGUGAGCUGUGGAGGUGCUCUCGAGCGUGCGCUGCUCUACAAGGUGCUCGCAGAUCGAGUGGGCGUGCCAUGCGCUCUUCACCGCCGGACCAGCGCGCACGCCUGGUGCGAGAUCGCGGUGCCCGAACUGGACCCGAAUGAAGAGCUGAGCGGCGAAGAGAACUACCCGGCCGGUUUGCUCCGUGUGAACUACGUGGUCGACCUCAUGUCGUCCCCAGGCCGGCUGGUGCCUCGAGGUGGGUCCGAAGCCCAGAGAGUAUGCGGCCCCCAGUGCGCGCCCUACACCGCAAAGGAGGCGCCCGAGGCAUGCAAGUGUCAACAUUGACACGCAAUUAUAUCUCUAAACGCACACAA